GUCGGGUGCAGUAGCGCCACCUUCCGUUUCAGAGUCAAAGACACGCAAAUGUUAUGGUAUUUCUUCUUCUUCUGUUUAAACAGUGUACGUUUCAGCGUCUUUGGCUCACAGCGCCCUAAGAAGACUAGUGCGGAUGAAUUCACUGAGCUGGCAAGCUUGAGAGGAGAUAUGAUGGCGGACUACAAGCAUAACAGCAGGAGUUUCACCGAAGACGGAGGGCCGCAGGAGGAGGAAGGCAGAGUGAAAACUAAGCCUGUCUCUUGUAGCAAUGUGGGGGGAGAAGGGACAGCAGUCAAACGCACAUCCCAGCAUCUCACGCCCGAGGAUGAGGAUGAAUCCUCAGAAGACCCACCAGCACCCCGCAAAGUCUCCAAGAUAGGCUUUAGCAUGAGCAGUCCGCUGGCAAAGAAGUCCAACCCCAUAUCUAUCAAACUUGGAGCAACAAAACCCAAGGAACCUGUACCAUCACUCCCUCCAAAAAAGACAGGGCUGGCAUCUGUGUUUAAUGAAGAUGAUGAUAGUGAACCUGAGGAGAUGCCUCCAGAAGCAAAGAUGAGGAUGAAGAACAUUGGCAGGGAGACACCCACAUCUGCAGGACCCAAUUCCUUUAACAAGGGCAAGCAAGGCUUCUCUGAUCAUCAAAAACUUUGGGAGAGGAAGAUGAAGGCCCAAGCAGACAAACUCAUUGUGGACAUGAGACGAAGUAAAAUGUAAACCUCCCACGAUACUCCAUGACUGACUCACGUUUACGUUUUUAACCACUACGGGCUGAUGCUAACUGAGAGGAGAGGUACCAGACUGUCAGACCUUCUGAUCAGAGGAGACAAGUUGGGAUAUGGGACAUACAAAUUAGCCAGAAUAUUGUUCAAACUGUGUAGAAUUUGCUACAGUUGCAUUCAACUGGCUAAUGAUGACAAAAACCUAGUAUCUUAGAGCCCUCGUGCCCCUUUUGUGACUUGCUUGUUCCUGUCUGAAGUGACCAUGGUCCUGAGUGAGCUCUUAGUGUUGCUUGUCUUAUGUUUAUGUAAAAAUGUACAUACAAGUGUGACAAUGUUUUAUUUUGAAAUCCACAAAUGGGAGUGUGCAUUUGGGUAUUAUGUUAAUGUGCAUGUGUGUGUGGGGCAUAGUCUAAACGAACAGAUUGUUUUCUUUCACUCAGUUUCUAAAUGUACAACCAUUUGUUUUCACCAGCUGUGCCACCUCAUAGGCGUUCUUGUUUGAUUAGAUUUUUAUGUUGUUAUUUUUUCAUGUUUGAGCUUUGUGCCAGUAUUUCUGGUUCUGCUUAUUUAAUACCAGAUUUCUGCCUGCUUCAUUGAACUGGCAAACAGAAGGACUGAUAAUGUGUUUUUAGUUAACAACUGUGUGAAGACAAGAAUCAUACAGCUACGUACUGUACGUAAUGUACGUUAGACUCAUUUACACUUACGUCCGCUUCUCGGCAGAAAGUCCAAACUUCAGAAAUAAAGCCCCAGUCCUCUUGGUUCAGAUAAUUGUGGUUUUUGAAACAUCCCCAUGAUCAAAAAUAUAAACUUUCAACUCCUCUGUAGGUUACCGUACUGUUGAGAAGGGACUUUCCUUGAGUGAAUAUAUUUCCACUGCCCAGACGUGAUUUAUCAAACACCUCUAU